AUGGCUCCAUCCAAAGCGCCGGGUCUGGACGGUCUACCGAACGCAGCAGUGAAAACCGCGAUCCGAGAGCACCCGCAGGCGUUUGUGCGGGUGUUUAAUGACCUUUUGGAACGCGGUGAGUUCCCGCGGUCUUGGAAGGAGGCAAGGCUGGUGCUCGUGACCAAACCGGGCAAGCCGCCGGGCGACCCAUCGGCGAGCCGACCACUGCUCCUGGAGGGAGCAGUUCCCAAGCUGUUCGAGAGGUGCAUCCUCGAGCGUCUCAAUGAACACUUGGAGGACAGUGUUGCCCCUCAACUGUCGCCAGAGCAGUACGGGUUUCGUCGUGGGAAGUCGACCAUACAGGCCAUCCAGCGAGUGAUCGAGCGAGGCGAGUACGCGCGAUCGUUUCAUCGUACGAAUGGACGCGAUCCUCGGUGUCUGGUGGUGGCAGCGCUAGAUGUCCAGAACGCGUUCAACUCGGCAAGUUGGAGGGCAAUUGCGGCGGCACUGCGGGAGAAGAACGUCCCAGCCGCGCUACAGAGGAUACUGCGAAGCUAUUUCUCUGAGCGCGAGCUUGUAUACGAGACCAGCGAGGGACCAGUUCGCAGACCGGUGUCGGCAGGGGUACCACAGGGUUCCAUCAUAGGUCCUACAUUGUGGAACACGUUGUAUGACGGAGUCCUGCGGCUGGCGUUUCCGGAUGGUGUUGAGGCGAUCGGAUUUGCCGAUGAUCUGGUGGUGCUGGCAGGUGGCACGACGCCGCAGACAGCGGCUCAGUCUGCUCAGGAGGCCAUUGCCAUGAUUGGAGCGUGGAUGGCGGAGCGACACCUCAAGCUGGCGCCCGCAAAGACCGAAAUCAUCAUGGUGUCCACUAUGCGGCAAGGGUACCAGCAGCCAACGGUGGCCAUCGAGGGAGUACAGCGACAGCCGACGCGGUGCCUCAAGUAUCUGGGGGUGGUUCUGCACGACCAUCUGCUGUGGACUCCGCAUGUCGAAUACGCAACGGCGAAGGCGCUCCGUGUGGCGAAGGGGAUCUCCCGGCUGAUGCAGAAUCACGGGGGCCCAAAAGGAGCGAAACGUCGACUUCUUUCAUCGGUGGUGGAUUCGACGCUGCGGUAUGCUGCCCCGGUGUGGCACGAGGCUACAAACGUUCGGCGGUGCAGCAGGCUGCUUAAGCGGGUACAGGCGCAGUACGUGAGGCCAGUCGCCAGGACAUUCAUAUCGGUCAGGUAUGAGGUCGCCACGGUCCUGGCGAGCGUUAUUCCGAUCUGUUUACAGAUCCGGGAGGACGCCCGAUGUCACCAACAGCAUCAAGUUACUGGCUCUCCUGUGCACCAGCUGCGGAUUGAGGAGCGUGCGGCCACUCUGCGACAGUGGCAAGCAGAGUGGGAUGCACUGGCGCCGGCCAGCCGCUUCACAACAUGGGCGCACCGGGUGAUCCCGGACAUCGCGGCGUGGAAGAACCGUCGGUUUGGGGAGAUGACUUUUCAUCUCGCCCAAGUCAUAUCAGGCCACGGAUUCUUCCACGAGUAUCUACACGUGCAGCACUUCUCUCCAUCACCGGACUGCGCGCGGUGUCCGGGAGUAGCUGAGACGGCGGCCCAUGCCUUCUUCGAUUGUCCGCGCUUCGCGGACGUGCGGAUUGAGGUGUUGGGCGAACGAGAACAAGAGGUCAUCACUCCGGAUAAUCUGCAAGCCUUCCUGCUGAGCAGCAGGGAAAAUUGGAGUGCGGUGUGCGAGGUGGCGAAGCGCAUCACGACGGCUCUUCAGCAAGAAUGGUACGUGGAGCGAUCCAGCAGCGCACAUGAAGAAAUGACGGCGGCGGCCCGAAGGCUGGACACGGCGCAUGAAGAUGUGGUUGCAGCGCGCAAUGACCGGCGGAACGAGGCGCGGCGGCAGCUAACGGUGGAGCGACGCCGGGCUCGAGGUGAGCCUCCUCCUCCCACUCAUCCGGAUGGGCGACUUCUCAGCGAGGAGGAGAUUAGAGAGCGGGAAGAACGACUGCGUAUAGGGCGUGAAAAGAGGGUGAUGCAGGUCAACCUGGGUGGUGGACGCACUGCCCAGGAUCUGGCCCUGCAAACAGCCCGCACGAAGCGGGUCGACGUGCUGCUGCUGUCAGAGGUGUACCGACCUCCAGAGGGCAGCGGUAACUGGACGGUGGAUUCGUCGGGGAGAGCAGCUGUGGUGGCAACCGGCCACCUUCCAAUCCAGCGGGUCUGGCGCUGUGCCAUGCCCGGGUUGGCUGCUGCGCAGAUUGGAGGGGUGGUCUUCAUCAGCUGUUACGCCCCUCCACGUCUCAACGCCGGCGAGUUCGAGCAACUUCUGGAGGCGGUGGAGUUGGAGGCCCAACCCCACCCUCGCAUCGUCCUGGCAGGCGAUUUCAACGCCUGGAAUGAGGAGUGGGGUAGCCAACGUACCACCCGGCGCGGUGAAGAGCUGCUGGACACAAUCCGGCAGCUUGGGCUUGUGAUCCUGAACCAAGGAUCGGUCCCGACGUUCGUGGGCAACGGAGUCGCCACUCCCAGUGUCGUGGAUGUGUCUUUCGCGAGCGCAUCCAUUGCUCGUCCAGACACUUGGGCCGGUUAUCGGGUGGUCAUGUCUCGUCUUCGUGGCUGCUUCGUGCCACCUGAGACUGACCGUGUCGUGUUGGAGCGGAUAGCCAACGAUCUGUUCCCGACACAUCCGCCUGUUGACUGGCCGGACGCUGAAUCAUCGAGCGUCGACACCGAGGAGCGGAGUUCUUCGUUGACCCCUGUCACCGUGGGCGAGCUGUUGUCCAUCGUGGGAUCGAUGGCGAACCGGAAAGCGCCUGGACUGGACGGUAUCCCCAACGCGGCGGUUAAGACGGCCAUUAGGAAGUACCCGGAGGUUUUCGUCCGUUUGUACCAGGACUGCCUGGACCGGGGUGCGUUUCCAGCGCCCUGGAAGAGGCAACGACUGGUACUGCUGCCAAAGCCUGGCAAGCCUCCCGGGGAAAGCUCCUCCUACCGGCCGCUGUGUAUGCUCGACGCACUCGGCAAGGUGUUGGAGCGCCUAAUUCUUAACCGCCUCAACGAGUUCCUGGAGGAACCGGAUGCGGAACGGCUGUCGGACGGGCAGUACGGUUUCCGGCGAGGCAGAUCCACCAUCAGUGCGAUCCAGCGCGUUGUCGAAGCGGGCAGGACGGCCAUGUCCUUUCGCCGCACCAACGCCCGAGACAAGCGCUGCCUGAUGGUGGUGGCACUUGACAUCCGCAACGCCUUUAACUCUGCGCCCUGGCAAGCCAUCGCUAACGCGCUAAGGGACAAGGGGGUACCGUCAUCGCUGCAGCAGAUACUGAGGAGCUAUUUCGAGGACCGGCGGCUGGUUAUCGACACCAGCGAGGGCCCUGUCGAGCGGAACAUCAGUGCGGGCGUUCCGCAGGGUUCAAUUUUGGGACCCACGCUUUGGAACGUGCUGUACGACGGGGUCCUGGGUGUCCAGUUGCCUGAGGGGGCCGAGGUUAUUGGCUACGCUGAUGACCUUGUCGUCUUGGUCCCCGCAACGACACCCCAAGCCGCUUCCUCGACUGCUGAACGAGCCAUCGCGGUAAUCAUGGACUGGCUGGACCGGAACCGUCUCUCGUUGGCGCCAGAGAAGACGGAAAUGACGCUCAUCUCCACCCUGAAGCGUCAUCCGGUCGUGAGCAUCAACAUCGGAGGUGUGGUCGUGCAAUCCCAGCGCUCCAUCCGUUAUCUUGGAGUUUGGUUGCACGACCACCUGUCAUGGUUGCCGCACGUUCAGCAGGCUGCAGCGAAGGCCAUGAAGGUCGCGGAAGCCGUCACGCGCCUCAUGCCGAACCACAGUGGACCGAAGUCGUCGCGUGCCCGACUGCUGGCGGCCGUAGCGGACUCCAUCCUGCGCUACGGGGCCCCAGUAUGGUCGGAGGGGCUGCAGCUGCGCCAAUGCCGUAGAUUGGUGCAGCGCGUGCAGAGGACAACGGCCAUUCGUGUGUGUCGGGCUUUCCGGACGGUGAGGGGUGAGACGGCCGUGCUGCUGGCCGGUCUCAUUCCAAUAUGCCUGCAGAUAGAGGAGGACAGCAGGGUCCAUCAACGGCUGAACGAUCCAGCCAACGAGAUCUCCAGGUCUGGCGUUCGGGAGCUGGAGCGUGACCGGACGUUUGAACAGUGGCAGCAGCGGUGGGACGCGGAUGCUGCCAGCGAAGACGCCAGUCGGUACACUCGGUGGACGCAUCGAGUGCUACCCGACGUGAGGGCAUGGCAGUCACGGAAGCAUGGAGACGUGACGUUCCAGUUGGCGCAGGUAUUGUCUGGCCACGGAUUUUUCCGUGACUACCUGUGCCGGAUGGGCUUCACGUCGUCCCCGGACUGCCCCAGAUGUCCUGGCGUUGCCGAGACGGCGGAACACGUCGUAUUUUGCUGUCCGCGUUUUGCCGCUGAACGAGAGGUGCUGUUCGAGGCGGGGAGAUCGAACCAGAUCACCCCCGAGGGCUUCGAGGCAGCCUUGCUUGAGAGCCCGGAGAGGUGGAGCGGCAUUUGCGAGUUCGUCGCACGGAUCACCGACGAGCUGCAAGAUGGCUGGAAUGCGGAAAGGGAGGAGUUAGCCGCGCAGGACCAGCUGUCAGCCGCACGCCUCCCCGACAACUCGGUGGCUAUCGCUCGCAACCAGCGCCGGAAUGUUGCGAGAAAUGCGGCUCGAGCAAGAGCAAGGGAGUUGCAGCGUGGUGGGCGGCCCCCAUCACCACCUCCGUCGCCUACUACAGCUGCGCGUCGUGCGGCCAUUCGCGAACGAGUCGCGAGGUUCAGGGAGAGGCGAAGGUCCGUGGCCUCC